AUGAAGUUAACUGCCAUCCUUUUCCUUUGCUCCAUGCUGCCGCUAAGUAUAACCCAGGAGUACCACUCGCAAGAAAUCGACUGCAAUGAUGAGGAUGUAUUUAAGGCUGUGGACGCAGCUCUGAAGAAAUAUAAUGAUAGAAACCAAAGUGGCAACCAGUUUGUAUUGUAUCGCAUAACUGAAGUCACCAAGACGGAAAACCCUGACAUAUUUUAUUCCCUCAAGUACCAAAUCAAGGAGGGUGACUGUCCUGUUCAAAGUGGCAAAACCUGGCAAGAUUGUGACUACAAAGAUUCUGAACAAGCUGCCACAGGAGAAUGCACAGCAACUGUGGGGAAGAGAAAGAAAAUGAAAUUCUCUGUGGCUACCCAGACCUGCCAGAUUACUCCAGCCGAGGGCUCUGUGGUGACAUCCCAGUACGACUGCCUUGGCUGCGUGCACCCCAUAUCAACUGCCAGCCCUGACUUGGAACCGGUUCUGAGAUAUGCCAUUCAAUAUUUUAACAACGACACUGAUCAUUCCCACCUGUUUGCUCUUAAAGAAGUGAAAAGGGCCGAGAGACAGGUGGUGGCUGGAUGGAACUAUAAAAUCACUUAUUCAAUUGAGCAAACUAAUUGUUCCAAGGAGAAUUUUCUGUCCUUAACUCCAGACUGCAAGUCUCUUCUCAACGGUGAUAUCGGUGAAUGUACAGAUAAUGCAUACAUGGAUAUUCAGCUAAGAAUUGCUUCCUUCUCACAGAAAUGUGACAUUUAUCCAGCGGAGGAUUCUGUACCACUACCUACCAUGAUUUGCGCUGGUUGCCCCAAAGAUAUACCUGUUGACAGUCCAGAGCUGGAGGAGCCUCUGACUCAUUCCAUCGCAAAACUUAAUGCAGAGAAUAAUGGAACCUUCUAUUUCAAGAUUGACACUGUGAGCAAAGCAACAGCACAGGUGGUGGCUGGAACAAAAUUUCAUAUUGAGUUCAUGGCCAGGGAAACCACAUGUUCCAAGGAGAAUAAUGAAGAGUUGACUGAAAGUUGUGAGAUCAAUAAAUUUGGACAAAUUCUGGAUUGCACUGCUGAUGUUUAUGUGGUACCUUGGGAGAAAAAAGUUUACCCUACUAUCAAAUGUCGAUCACUAGGAAAGACCUCAAUGCUGAAAAGGCCUCCAGGUUUUUCACCUUUCCGAUCAGUACAAGUGGAGAAAACAAAAGAAGGAACAACUAAGCUCCUAAGUUCCUGCGAGUACAAGGGCCGACCUCGAAAAGCAGAGGCAGAGCCAACAGCUGAGAGUGAGGUCUCUUAA